AUGGACUCUGCGUACGAGAUGGGCCACAUCCGCAAGCUGCAGGCACGGCACAUGCAGAUGCAGGAGAAGACCUUCACCAAGUGGAUCAACAAUAUCUUCCAGCACGCCCGGGUGGGCAUCGAGAUCCAGAACCUGUGCACAGAGCUGGCUGACGGCACCCACCUGCUGCGGCUGCUGGAGCUCAUCUCAGGGGAGGCCCUGCCACCCCCCAACCGGGGCCGCAUGCGGGUCCAUUUUCUGGAGAACAGCAGCCGAGCUCUGGCCUUCCUCAGGGCCAAGGUGCCAAUACCCCUCAUUGGGCCAGAGAACAUCGUGGAUGGAGACCAGACACUCAUCCUGGGACUCAUCUGGGUCAUCAUUCUGCGUUUCCAGAUUUCCCACAUCUGCCUGGACAGGGAGGAGUUUGGUGUCAGCGCAGCCCUGCUGUCUGCCAAGGAAGCUCUGCUGGUCUGGUGCCAACGGAAGACUGCCGGCUAUGCCAACAUCAACAUCACGGACUUCUCCCGCAGCUGGAGUGAUGGGCUCAGCUUCAGUGCCCUCAUCCAUGCCCACAGGCCAGACCUGCUUGACUACAGCUCCCUGCGCCCCGACCGCCCGCUGCACAACCUCCGCUGUGCUUUCCACGUAGCUGAGCAGGAGCUGGGCAUUGCUCAGCUGCUGGAUCCCGAGGACGUGGCAGCCCUACAGCCCGACGAGCGCUCCAUCAUGACCUACGUCUCCCUCUAUUACCACCACUUCUCCCGCCUGCACCAGGAGCAGACCGUCCAGAGGAGACUCGUGAAGAUCCUGCAUCAGCUGCAGGAGUCAGAGGCGCUGCAGACCCAGUACGAGGAGCUGGUGGCCGACCUGCUGUGCUGGAUUGCAGAGAAGCAGGUGCAGCUGGAGGCGCGGGAUUUUCCAGACAACCUGCCGGCCAUGCGCCAGCUACUGGUGGCCUUUGCCUCCUUCCGCACCCAGGAGAAGCCACCGAGACUGCAGCAGCGAGGGGCCACGGAGGCCCUGCUCUUUCGGCUGCAGACAGCCCUCCGAGCCCAGAACCGCAGGCCCUUCCUGCCACCCGAGGGCCUGGGCCCUGCGGAGCUGUCCCGGCGCUGGGCAAGCCUGGAGCGGGCGGAGGCCUCACGGAGCCGGGCCCUGCAGCAGAGGCUCCUACAACUAGAGCGGUUGGAAACCCUGGCCCGGCGUUUCCAGCGUAAGGCAGCCCUCAGGGAGAGCUUCCUGACAGACACAGAGCAGGUGCUGGACCGGGCCGCAGCCCCGCCAGCCAGCCCGGCCAUGAUGGAAGCGGCCGCCCAGAGGCUGGGCAUGCUGGAGGCCAGUAUCCUGCCCCAGGAGGGGCGCUUCCAGGCCCUGGCUGAGAUUGCGGACAUCCUCCAUCAGGAGCGCUACCACGGUGGGACAGAGGUGGCCAGCAGGCAGCUGGAGAUCACCCGGCGCUGGGAGCGGCUCCUCCAGCGGCUCCAAGGGCAGAGGAAGCAGAUAGCGGGCAUGCAGGCUGUGCUGAGCCUGCUGCAGGAGGUGGAGACUGCCUCCGACCAGCUCAAUGAGCUUCAGGUGCUGGUCAGCUCCACGGCCUGUGGGCAGAAGCUGACAGAGGUAGAGGGGCUGCUGCAGAGGCAUGACCUGCUGGAGGCCCAGAUCUCAGUCCUUGGAGCCCACGUGAGCCAUCUGGCCCAGCAGACGAUGAAGCUGGACUCUUCCACGGGCACUGCUGUGGAGGUGCUGCAGGCCAAGGCCAGGGCGCUGGCCCAGCUCUACCACAGCCUCAUGUCUCUUGCCAGGUCCCGGCGGGCCUCGCUGGAGCAGACCCUGCAGCAGGCAGAGCUCCUGCACAGCUGUGAGGAGGAGGAAACCUGGUUGAGGGAGCAUGGACAGCUGGUGGAGGAUGCAUCCAUGGGCCCGGAUUUCAGCCAGAUCGCAGCGGCCCUGCAGAAACACAAGGCCCUGGAAGCCGAGCUCCAUCGCCACCAGGCUGUGUGCGCUGAUCUUGUGCAGAGGGGACGCAAACUGGGAGCCUGUGGGCCCCCGACGUGGCCGGACCCCUGGGAGCGGGCUGAGGUGGUACAGGGCAUGUGGCAGCGGCUCUGGGCCCGGAUGGAUGAGCAGGGCAUGAGGCUGCAGGCAGCCCUGCUUGUCCAGCAGUACUUCAUGGACGUGGCGGAGGCGGACUCGUGGCUUCAGGAGCAGCGGUCUACACUGGAGAGUGCAUCCUUUGGACAGGACCAGGUGGCCACCGAGGCCCUACUGCGACAACACCUGCGUCUGGAACGCUCUGUGCGCACCUUCGGGACCAAGCUGCAUCGAUUAGACGAGCAGGCACGGGUGGCCACAGCCCAGGCAGCACUCCUGGUACGCCCGAGAAACCCAGGGGCCUGGCAUGAGGUUUCCUGCCACUCUGGUCUGUGGGGCACCCAGAAGAUGGCCCUCCCAGAUGAGCCUGACCCUGACUUUGACCCCAACACCAUCCUCCAGACACAGGACCGCUUGAACCAGGACUAUGAGGGCCUGCGGGCCCAGGCAGAGCGCCGCAGGGCCCAGCUGGAGGAGGCGGUGGCCCUGUUUGGCUUCUAUAGCUCAUGUGGGGAGCUGCAGUCCUGGCUGGCCAAACAGACGACGCUGUUGCAAACGCUGCAGCCCAAGGCCAACAACUUGGAAGUCAUGCAGCUCAAGUAUGAGAACUUCCUGACUGCCCUGGCUGUGGGAAGAGGACUCUGGACUGAGGUUAACAGCUCCGCUGAGCAGCUGAAGCAGAGGUGUCCUGGAAAUUCCCCCCAAAUCCAGCUACAGCAGGAGGAACUGAGCCAGAGGUGGGAGCAGCUGGAGACCCUGAAGAAAGAGAAGGAAACGCAGCUGGCAUGCACAACGCAUGUGUGCAGUUUUCUGCAGGAGUGUGGAUCCACACGGGUCCAGCUGCAAAACCUGAUACUCCAGCUGGAAACCCGGGAGCUGGGGAACUCAGAGGAUGGCCACCAUGUUCUGCGAGUGGGCCAGGAGAAGAUGCUGGUGCUGGAGAAAGACAUUCACUGCCUGCAAAGUGCGGCUAGCAAGGUUGAGGAGAUGGGCCCCGCAGAGAGCCCGUCCCUGCAGGGACAGGUGGAGACGCUGCAGGGGCUGCUGGAGCAAGUGCGGGAGCAAGUGGCCCUGCGGGCCCAGGCCCAGGCCCACCGGAGCUUCCUGCAGGAGAGCCAGCGGCUGCUGCUGUGGGCAGACAGUAUCCAGGCCAAGCUGCACAGUGAGGAGGAGGCGGUGGAUGUGGCCUCAGCCCAGCGGCUCCUGGGGAAGCACCAAGACCUGCUGGAGGAGAUCCACCUGCAGCAGGAGAGGCUGCAGCAGCUGGAGACAAAGGGCCAGCCCAUGGCAGCCUCGGGCUCCCCAGACUUCCGAGAGGUGGCUAGUGCCCUGAGGCUCCUGGGCCACCAAGGCCAGGAGUUGAAGGCUGCCUGGGAGCAAAGACAGCAGCAACUGCAGGAGGGGCUGGAAUUGCAGAAAUUUGUUCGAGAUGUGGAUGGUUUCACUGCCUCCUGUGCCAACCAUGAGGCCUUCCUACGGCUGGACAGCCUCCAGGAGGGCGUGGUAGAGACCCAGAGCCUGCUGCAGCAGCACCAGGAGCGUGGGCGGCUGCUGGAUGCCCUUGGCUCUAGAGCAGAGGACCUACGGGCGCGUGGCGAGAAGCUGGCUCAGAGCCGACACCCCGCUGCAUACAAGGUCAGAGAGCAGCUUCAGAGCAUCCAGGCACGGUGGACCAGGGUCCAGGGGAGGAGUGAGCAGAGAAGGAGGCAGCUGCUAGCCUCCCUCCAGCUCCAGGAAUGGAAGCAGGACGUGGUGGAGGUGCUGCUGUGGAUGGAGGAGAAGGGGCGGAUGUUGGUGGACGAGCCAUCCCGAGAGCCCAGCAACAUCCUGAGGAAACUCAGGUGGCACGAGGCAGCCACGCGUGAACUGGCGGCCACCCAGGGGCACGUGGAGGGCCUGCAGCAGGUCGGGAGAGAGCUGCUGAGCAGCAGGCCCCAUGCCCAGGAGGACGUGCAGGCCAGGCUUCAGGGCCUAAGUAGCAAGUGGGAAGAGUUGAGACGCAAGAUGGCAGAGCGUGGGAAGCAGCUCCAGCAGGCUUGGCAGCAGGACCAGCUCCUGCGGCUGCUACAGGAAGCCAAGGAGAAGAUGGAGCAGCUAGAGGGGACCCUGCAGAGGGCAGAAAUGGGGCAGGACCUGGGCUCCAGCCGGGGGCUGCAGAAACAGCACCGCCAGCUGGAGGCCGAGAGCCAGGCGCUGGCCAGCAGGAUGGCUACCCUUGUCCCCGAGGCCCAUCAGGUGGUCAGUUCCCAGGCCAUUGUGGAGGAGACCGAAAAAUACCUCCAGAGGUUCAAGGCCCUGCAGGGACAUCUGGCCACCCGGCGAUGGCAGCUGCAGGCCUCGGUUGAGCUGUACCACUUCCACCACCUGAGCGACGCGGAGCUCACGUGGGUGGCAGAGCACAUGCCUGCGCCCAGCCCCAGCUCUGCUAAGUACCCAGAUGGUGCCCACCGCCUUCUCCACAAGCACGAGGAGCUCCGGGCGGAGGUGGGAGCCCACCAGGGACAAGUGCAACGGGUGCUGGGUUCCGGGCGACACCUCGCAGCCUCUGGGCACCCCCAAGCCCAGCACAUCGUGGAGCGGUGCCAGGAGCUGGAAGGCCGCUGGGCGGAUCUGGAGCAGGCGUGUGAGGCCCAGGCCCGGCACCUGCAGCAGGCUGCUGCCCUCCAGCAGUGUUUCCUGGACACAUCAGAGCUGGAGGACUGGGUGAAGGAGAAGUGGCUACUGGUGAGCAGCCAGGACUAUGGUGGGGAUGAGACAGCCACCAUCAGGCUCAUUAAGAAGCACCAGGCCCUGCAACAGGAGCUGGCUCGUUAUUGGAGCUCCGUGGAGGAGGUUGGCCGGAGAGCUCAAACCCUCGCUGGCCCGGAGGCCCCUGCACAGCUGGGUGUGGUGCAGAAGAGGCUCCGGGAGCGGCUGCAGGCCCUGCAGGAGCUGGCGGCCACACGGGACCGGGAGCUGGAGGGGACCCUGAAGCUGCACGAGUUCAUGAGGGAGGCUGAGAACCUGCAGGGCUGGCUGGCUAGCCAGAAGCAAGUGGCUGGAGGAGGAGAGAGCCUUGGGGAGGACUAUGAGGACGUCCUGCACCUCUGCACCAAGUUUGUCAAGUUUCAGCACAAAGUAGAGAUGGGUGGCCAGCGGGUGGCAACCUGCCGGCAGCUGGCAGAGAACCUGCUGGAACGAGGGCACAGAGCAGCCCCCAGGGCACAUCAGAUGCAGCGGGAUCUGCAGGCUGCCUGGUCGGAGCUGUGGGAGCUGACCCAGGCCCGAGGCCGCCUGCUCCGAGAUGCUGAGACCACCCUCAAGGUUCACCGAGACAUGUUGGAAGCCCUCACCCAGGUCCAGGAGAAAACCACCAGCCUCCCCUGUGACGUGGCCCAGGACCUGCGUGGGCUGGAGGCCCAGCUGAGGAGACACGAGGGGCUGGAACGUGAACUCAUGGGCACUGAGCAGCAGCUGCAGGAGCUGCUAGAGACAGGAAGCGAGGUGCAGAGGCUGGGGCCCAGGCUGCAGGCCCUUGUGGUACAGCAGAGGCAGCAGGCCCUGGUGCAGGCCUGGGAGACCCUGAAGCUGCGAGCAGAGCAGCGCCGGGCCCAGCUGGAGCGGGCAUGGCUCCUGGCCCGCUUCCACGUGGCGGUGCGGGACUACACCUCCUGGGCAGCCAGCGUGUGGCAGGAGCUGCAAGUGGAGGCGAGCUCCCAGGAGCCCGGGAGUGGCCCACUGGAGCUCAGCACCCACCAACAACUUCGGGCCGUGCUGGAGGCCCGGGAGGAGCUGUACCAGCAGGCCGCCCAGCUGGGCCAGCAGGCGCUUCUGGCUGCAGGGACAUGCAUCAAGGAGGUCCGGGACGGGCUGCAAGACCUGCGGGACAAGAGGGAGCGGGUGUUCCAGGCCUGGGAGCAGAAGCAGGAGAGGCUCCAGGCUGUGGGCCGGGAGCAGCUCUUCCUCAGGAAGUGUGGCCGCCUGGACGAGAUCCUCAAGGCCCGGGAGGUCCUCCUGAAAACUGGUGCCCUGGGGAGCUCAGUUGAAGAGGUGGAGCAGUUGAUCCACAAGCAUGAGACCUUCCAGAAGGUGCUGGCUACACAGGAGGAGAAGGAGGCAGCUCUGUGUGAGCAAGUGAAGAUGCUCGGGGGCCCCAGGGCACAGGACCUGCUUUGCACAGUGCUGGAGCGCCGCGCUCGGGUGAAGGAACUGGUGGAGAGUCGGCAACACGCCUUGCACACCUCCCUGCUGAUGGCUUCCUUCGUCAGGGCAGCCACCCAGGCCGAGGACUGGAUCCAGGAGCGACUCCAGCAGCUGAAGGCGCCAGUCCCUCCUGGGGACCUGAAAGCUAAGUUGAGAUACCUGCAGAAACACCAGGCCUUCGAGGCCGAGGUCCAGGCCCGGGAGGAGAUCAUAACCUCUGUUGUCAAGGAGGGCAAGGCUCUCCUAGCACAGAGUCACCCUCUGGUGGGAGAGGUCUCCCAGAGGCUGCGGGAGCUGCAGGAGCACUGGGAGAAGUUGAGGCAGGCAGUGGCUCUCUGGGGCAAGGACCUGGAGGACAAGCGGAACAUCCUGGAGUUCCUGCAGAGAGUGGACGCUGCAGAGGCCUGGAUGGAGGAGAUGGAGGUGAUGGUGAAUGUCAGCGACCUGGGCCAGGACCUUGAGCACUGCCAGCAGCUCCACAGGCAGCUCCGCAAGCUCCGAGGAGUCUGGGCUGGGGACACAGUGAAUGAUGCCCGCAUCAGGAGCAUCAUUGACUUCUCACCACAGCUCAAUACCCAGGACACUGAGCAACUCAAGACCAUCUGGCAGCGGCAACAGCAGCUCAACAACAGGCCAGUCCCAGAGCCAGAAGCAGUGGGGCUGGGAGAGGGGGCUGAGGGUCCACCCCAGACUCAGCCUUACACCCUCUCCCUCAGGUGGAACAGUUUCCAUGGCAACCUGCUCAGAUACCAGCAGCGGCUCGAAGCAGCCCUGGAGAUACACGGGUUGUCCCAAAAGCUUGAUGACAUCACUCAGCAGGUCAGGGAGAAGGCUGCCCUGGUCCAGGCCCUAGACUGUGGGAAAGAUCUGGACAAUGUGCAGAGGCUGAAGCAGAAACACAAGGAGCUGGAGCAGGAAAUGGGCCUCCUCCAGGCCCAGGUGGAGCCACUAGAACGUGAAGCAGGUCGAGUCUGCCAGAGAAGCCCUGAGGAGGCCCACGGCCUUGGCCACCAGCAGCAGGAGAUGAUGGACAGCUGGCGGCAGCUCCAGAGCAGUAUCCAGAAGUGGAAGGAGUUGCUGGAUGCCUUGCAUGAAGCUCAGGAGCUGCAGGCAGUGCUGCGGGAACUGCUGGUCUGGGCCCAGAGGCUGCGAGCUCAGCUGGACUCCUGGAGAAGCCCCAGCAGCCUUGCAGAGGCCCAGCGCAUGUUGGAGGAACACCAGGAACUCAGAGCCGAGCUGGACUCCCGAACAGACAGCAUCAGCCUGGCCCGAAGCACUGGGCAGCAACUGCUUGCUGCAGGGCACCCAUCCACCCCCAACAUCCGCCAGGCCCUGGCUGGUUUUAAUCAGGAGCUGAGCAGCCUGGAAGGGGCCUGGCAUGAGCACCAGCUCCACCUGCAGCAGGCCCUGGAACUACAGCGGGUUCUGAGCUCCGUGGAGCAGAUGGAGAGUUGGCUCUGCAGCCUGGAAGCCUGCCCAGCCAGUGAGGGUCUGGGGGACUCUUUGGCCAAUGUGGAGACCCUGCUGUGGAAGCACAGGGUGCGUGAGCAGGACCUGGAGGCUCAGGCGGAGAAGAUGAGUGCGCUGGAAGCCACCACCCGCAGCCUGUUCCAGGGCGGACACCCCGAGGCCCAGGGUGUGCUGAGCCGGUGCCAGGCCAUGCUCCUGAGGAAAGAGGCACUCCUGGAGCGAGCCAGGACCCGUUGCCGCCAGCUGGAGGAGCUCAGGCAACUGCAGUCUUUCCUGCAGGACUCCUGUGAGAUGGCUGCCUGGCUGAGAGAGAAGAACCUGGUGGCCCUGGAAGAGAGCUGGUGGGACCCAGUGGAGCUGCAGUCCCAGUUGCAGCAACAACAGAAUCUCCAGGCAGAACUGGACACCCGUGCACACCGCCAGCAGAGGCUGCAGAUGGAGGGGCAGAGGCUGCUGCAGGAUGGCCACUCGGCCUCAGAGACCAUCCAGGAACGGCUACAGGAGCUGAGAAAGCUCUGGGAAGAGCUGCAGGCCCAGUGCCAGAGGAGGGCAGCCAAGCUACAGGAGGCCCGUGAGGCCCUGCAUCUGCGACGGAGCAUGGAGGAACUGGAGAGCUGGCUGGAGCCUGUGGAGCUCAAGCUGAGAGUCCCCAUCGGGGGCCCAGACCAGCCUGGGCUGGACGAGCUCCUGGGGGCUCAGGGGGAGCUGGAGGCAGCAGUGGACAGGCAGGUCGGGCGGGCACAGGCCCUGCUGGGCCAGGCCCAAGCCCAGGCCUGUGUCCAGGAAAGCCACUGCCUGGCCCGAGAUGUGGAAGAGCAAGCCCAGCGGCUGCUUCAGAGGUUCGAGAGCCUGCAGGUGCCCCUGCGGGAGCGCAGGACAGCCCUGGAGGCCCGGAGCCUGCUGCUGCAGUUCUUCAGGGACGCCGACGAGGAGAUGGCCUGGGUGCAAGAGAAGCUGCUCCUGGUGGCCACCCAGGACUGUGGCCAGAGCCCGAGUGCCCUGCGGCGCCUGCAGGAGAAGCACCAGAGCCUGGAGAUUGAGAUGAGCAGCCACGAGGCUCUAACCCGGGCAGUGGUGGGCACAGGGCGCAAGCUGGUGCAGGCUGGGCACUUUGCUGCACGAGAUGUGGCAGCCCGUGUGCAGCAGCUGGAGGACGCCAUGGGCCGCCUGCGGGCAGAGGCUGCACAGAGGCGUCGGCGGCUACAGCAGGCUCAGGAGGCCCAGUCCUUCCUGACGGAGCUCCUGGAGGCAGAAUCCUGGCUGGAAGAACGGGGCUGUGGCCUGGACAUCAAGGAUAUGGGUCAGAGUGCCGAGGCCACACAGGCCUUCCUGCGGCAGCUGGAGGCCACCAGGAGGGACCUGGAGGGAUUCACCACGCGCAUUGAGAGGCUGCAGCAGACAGCAGCCCUCCUUGAGAGCGGGCAGAACCCAGAAAGCCCCAAGGUGCUUGCCCAGAUGCUUGCGGUAAGGGACGCCCACUCAGGGCUGCUGCAGAGAGCAGAGGGCAGGGGGCAAGGCCUGAGGGAGCAGCUGCAGCUCCACCAGCUGGAGCGGGAAGCCCUGCUCCUGGAUGCCUGGCUGGCCAGCAAGGUGGCCACUGCUGAGUCCCAGGACUACGGGCAGGACCUAGAGGCUGUCAAGCUGCUGGAAGAGAAGUUCGAUGCUUUCAGAAAGGAUGUCCAGAGCCUGGGGAAGGCUAGGAUGCAGGCCCUGAGGGAGCGGGCAGGCUCCCUGGAACGGGCAGCACCCAGGUGCUCUCCCCAGAUUCAAGCACAGAGGAGUCGCAUUGAGGCCUCUUGGGAGAGGUUGGAUCAGGCGUUGAAAGCCCGCACACAGAACCUAGCUGCCACCCGUGAGGUCCGAAGCUUGGAGCAGGCAGCAGCUGAGCUCCAGGGCCAGAUGCAAGAGAAGGCCACCCUGGUGGCUAGAGAUGCCUGCGACCUUAGCCUGUUAUCAGUGCAGACUUUGCAGCAACAGCACAGAUGUCUAGAGAGGGAACUGGCAGCGAUGGAGAAGGAGGUGGCAUGGGUGCAGACGGAGGCCUGCCGGCUGGGCCAGCUCCACCCUGCAGCUCAGGAGGGCCUGGCCAAGCAGCUGGCCGGCGUGCAGGAGGCCUGGGCCACCCUGAAUGCAAAGGUUUAUGAGCGAGAUCGGCAGCUGGAGGAGGCUGCCCAGGGCCACGCCUUCCUCAGACGCUGUCGGGAAUUGCUAGCAUGGGCCACAGAGAAGCAGGCCCUGGUGUCCUUGGAGGAGCUGGCUGGGAAUAUAGCUCGGGCCGAGGGGCUCCUGGCAUUGCAUGAGGAGCUGGGGAGAGAAAUCAAGGAGUACAGCCUUCAAGCCCAGAACAUACAGCAGGAAGGGCAGCGGCUGGUGGACAGUGGCCACUGCAUGUCCCUGGAGGUCACUGGGUGUCUGCAGGAUCUGGACAGACAGCUGCGGGUGCUCAGAGAAGCCUGGGCCCUGUGCCGGGAACGCUGCGAGGAGCGCUGGCAUCUACAGAAGCUGCGGCAAGAGCUGGACCAGGCUGAGGCCUGGCUGGCCUGCCGGGAGGGCCUCCUGCUGGACCCCAGCUGCGGGCACUCCGUGUCUGAUGUAGAGUUGCUGCUCUGCAGACACAAGGACUUAGAGAAGCUGCUGGCCUCCCAGGAAGAGAAGUUUGCCCGACUGCAGCAGGAGGCAGCGGAUGCAAAAGGUGCCCCCACCAUGGAGGGAAUUUUGGAACUUAAGCACCAGCUCCUGCCUGGGAGGAGGCAGAACAUGGCUUCUACAGCUUCCCUCGACCUCACAGGAGCCGGUGAGAAGCCGGGUGAUCACCAUGAUGGAAAACAUACCUUUUCCUUAAGGCUGGCUGCGGGAGAGACCCUGUCUGCAGCGCCACCUGCAGGGCAGACUGGGAACUGGCGGGGCGCCCUGAGCAGCUGGGCAGCCCCCAGUCUGAGCCCAGAGCUCCAAGCCAGACCCUCGGGCUCCCUGGCCGAGCGCAGUGCUGAGAGGGUACCUGGCAUGCCAGCUCCACUCAGAUUCCACAGCGGUCCCCCGCCCGCCUGGCUGCAGGAGAUGAGAGUGUGCACCUACAGCUACCCACAGCCCACGGGGCUCCCACAGACGGCUGGCCCCACACAGCAAACUGCAGAAGGCUCCCGCCGACUGUCCUGCUCAGGCCAGAUCCAUGGUCCAGGCCUUGAAGCAAAUGCAGAGGUGGCACCAAACUUCAGAGCUACAAGCGAGGACACCCUCGAGGGAACCAGGAGACCCACCUAUCCGGCCCCUUAG